UGCGUCAGUUCAACGCGAACUGUGAUCGUAGUCGGGUGGAGUUCCGUCGUUGUCGUCGGCCUGACCACCGAUCGUUAUAAGGCCAACCGGCCAACUAAAUUAACGUCAUUUAAAAACUUCGGGCAUACUACCGCGGUUCGAUACCCAGCAGAUAAAUGACGCUGAAAAUUGGACCGACGUCCGAAAAUUAGAUAUAGUUCGAUCGAACGAUUGCGGGAAAUUUUGAACGCGAUCGAGGAAUAAUCGGCGUCGCACGGAUCGUUUUAUAAAACGGAAACGCGUCGUAGCGGAAGUGGUACGAGUGUAUUGUUUUCGCGCGCGUUGAAAUUUUGAUAUACGUUUAUUAUAAGACUUUAUAACCCGGAUGAUAACGUAUCAUCGUUAUCUGCGGAAGAAGGGAAGAAGUGAAAUACUCCAGACAUUUACUCAGUUUUCGACUUUUAUGUUAUCGGUCCAGUUAUCAACGAGCGAGUUGGAUCGUCGGUCGGGUUUGAAUGAAAAAGCCUCUAGGUACAGCUUCGACGAAGCCAGUCACAUUCCGCUCCACCGGUCGACGCAUACUUGCCACCGAACGGAGAUCACUGUCAAUGAGAUGAUAACGAGCAACGUGGAUGCGAGACGAUCGGAUGUCGCUUAUCGCGAAAGCUCUAUGAAAUUCUGAGAGCGAAUAACAGACUCCACAAAAAUAAAACAUAGAUCGGGAAAUAAUUACGUCGGGCAGUGAAAAUGGACUCGAAGUCGAACGAUGCAAUCGACGUUUCGCACGUUCCCCGCAGCGGUCCGCAUGAAAUCGAACACGGGGAUGAAGUCCGAGGCGGGGCGGAAUCGGCGCCCUUCAAUCACCUUGAAACACGGCCAUGUAUCGACAUUGAGUUCUCGGAUCUCACUUACACCGUUCCUACAGGGAGAAAAGGAUCGAAGCUGAUCCUGAGGGGUAUUAGCGGUCAAUUCCGAUCGGGACAACUGACCGCCAUCAUGGGACCCUCUGGUGCAGGAAAAUCAACAUUGUUGAACGUUCUCGCGGGAUACAAAUACACCGGAGCCAACGGUCUCAUCACCGUCAACGGUCAACCGAGAGACAUCAGUGAGUUCAAAAAAUUGUCCUGCUACAUUAUGCAGGACGAUUUAUCCCAGCCUCAAAUAACAGUUCACGAAGCGAUGUGCUUCGCAUCUGAUCUGAAACUUGGAAACCAAAAAACGCGUCAGGCAAAACUUUCCGCUAUCAACGAAAUUUUGGAGACGCUGAGACUGUCAGCGGCGAAAGAUACUCUUACGGAACGGUUGUCGGGGGGCGAAAGAAAGAGGCUUUCCAUCGCCCUCGAACUCGUGAACAAUCCACCGGUAAUUUUCCUGGAUGAACCAACUACCGGACUAGACGACAUGUCAACCGUCCAGUGCAUAGACCUUCUACGGAGAGUGGCCUGCGGAGGAAGAACAGUAAUUUGUUCAAUUCACACUCCAAGUGCGAGUAUUUUCGCCAAAUUCCAUCACGUCUACGUAGUAGCAGCUGGUCAGUGCGUUUAUCGAGGUCCGGUUAAUAACGUAGUACCUUUUCUGGAACGCUUGGGAGCUGAUUGCCCGAAGCAUUAUAAUCCGGCAGACUUUAUUAUCGAAGUCGCCGCUGGAGAAUACGGAAUGGAGUACGUCGAGCGAAUGGUAAAUUGUACGGAAUCACAGAUGCCGAUAAUUCCAAUCGCGCAUGACCCACUGUUCGAAAAAUAUCACAAGGGUGAAAACGACCGCGGGGCAUCUUGGUGCCAACAAUUCAAGGUCCUUCUCAGUAGAAUGAUGCUGCAGUUUUAUCGAAACAGGAAUUACAUGUAUCUGAAAAUAUCGCUCCAUAUCUUUCUCGGAUUCAUAAUAGGUGGUUUAUUUCUGGGUAUUGGAAAUGAUGGAUCGAAGACCUUGUUCAAUUUUGGAUUUUGUUUCACGUGUCUCAUCGUAUUUCUCUACGUUCCUAUGUUGCCGGUUCUUCUGCACUUUCCCAUGGAGGUUCAGCUAGUCAAACGCGAACACUUCAAUCGCUGGUACGACUUGGGUCCUUAUUUCUGCGCCAUGACGGUAUCGACCAUUCCGCCCCAAUUGAUUCUGGGAACAAUUUACCUGAGUAUGGUAUAUUUCUUUACCGGACAACCGUUGGAAGUCUCGAGGUGUUUGAUGUUCUUCAGCGUGUGCUACAUCUGUUCCCUAAUCGGUGAGAGCAUGGGAUUCGCCAUUGGUACGACUUUGAACAUAGUGAAUGGUAUGUUCGUCGGUCCUGCAAUAACGGUUCCGCUGAUGCUGGUUGCGAUACAGGGUAUGGGAAGCACCGAACCAUUGCCGUUUUACAGACUUCUAGUAAUGUACUCGAGUUACAUACGGUACGGACUCGAGGGUCUGAUAGUCGCGACGUACGGCAACGGCAGAGAGAAAUUGCCCUGUCCACCGGAGGAAAGUUACUGUCACUACCGAGUUCCGAGGGAACUGAUCAGAGUUAUGGGUAUGGAGCAUGUCGUCUUUUGGGUAGAUAUCGUGGCGUUGGUGGUAAUAUUGAUUCUGUUCAAAGCGUUGAUAUUUUACCUACUGAGGCAGCGGCUUCAACCGAACAAAACGUUUCGAGCACUUCAUCUCAUCGGUAGAUUGGUCAAGAGCUACAUCAGUAUGAAAUGAACAAAGAAAUGCAAGCAAGCUGUCUGCGAUGUAGCUACAAUGCAAGAAUCAUGAAGAACCCAAAGUCCGGAACACAAGCGGCUUACUACGUUCGAGUAGUAGAUGAAAGUAAGCAUUUCGUGCUACACACGGUAUCGCUGAUAACUGCUGAUGCUCAUUUGACGAUCAAACUGAUAUUUUAUCGCGGGUCAUCCGUCAAAUAAUAUGUGAGGCAAAUAUGAUAGCUAUACGUAUGAACGACCGAUGGUGUGUAUAAAUAAUAAUAUUCGAACGACGAGCUUCGAACGAAUUGAUUCUUUUCGAAGACUCGACUCGUACGUUCUGUUCUAUCAAUAGUGAAUUAGUCAAAUAUUGUGAUAUACCGUUGUGUAAUAAAUGUUUUCCAAAAAUUGAA